AUGGCGGCCGGCUACCGCUUCGCACUCGGCCCGGACGUCGGCCUGGGCGCCCACCCCACCGGCCUGGAGGUCAACAUGAACGGCUUCAUGUACAAUAGGACAGCAAACGGCACUGGCAUUGGUUGGGGACAGGGCCUGGUGCACCCUGCUCAUGCUCACCCCGAGCCCUUCAUGCUUCCUGGGCAGGCUGCCCCAGAACAACACAACUGGGGGUUUGUUGGGACUGGUCCGAUUGCCCUUGACCCCCGUGGUGGAGCAGGCCGUUCACCCAAAUUGCACUGCGAGUACGGCGUGCCUGUGCACACCGGCAAUCGCUACAUGAAAGGCGGCAUGAAUAAUCAGAUGGAGGCGUUUCGCCGCGAGGACGGUCAGAAUUUCGAUGGCAAGAAGAACAUGCCUGUUCUCUACCGUGCCAAGGACAGGAGGUUUCAGCAGCAUGCCAACAACAACAGGGCACUGGAGCUGGAGAGUCCUAGGAUGCUGAGGUAUGAGAACAUGGUUGGAGUUAAGGGGUACAUCUACUUCAUGGCCAAGGACCAGAAUGGCUGCCGCUUCUUGCAGCAGAAGUUUGAGGAAGGGAAGCAACACGUGGAUGUGAUUUUCGAAGGAAUCAUUGACCACAUGGCAGAGCUUAUGAUCAACUCGUUUGCCAACUAUCUCAUUCAGAAGCUUCUGGAUGUGUGUGAUGAGGAUCAAAGGCUGAGGAUCAUCGCCGUGCUGACGGAGGACCCUGUGAAGCUGCUGAGAAUCUCUGUGAAUUCACAUGGGACAAGGGUAGUUCAGAAAUUGAUAGAGACUGUUAAGGUCAGGAAGCAGAUAGUGCUCAUUAUUUCGGCCCUACAACCAGGCUUCAUGCAUCUUGUCAAUGAUCUCAAUGGUAAUCAUGUCAUACAGAAGUGCUUGUCAAACUUUGGUGCAGAGGAGAACAAGUUCAUAUUUGAGGCUGCUGCAACUCACUGUUUUGAAAUGGCAAUACAUCGCCAUGGCUGCUGUGUUUUACAAAAGUGCAUAACUAGUGCACGUGGUGAAUAUCAGGCGAAGCUAAUUGUGGAAGUGUGUGCUCAUGCCUUUCAGCUCGCUCAAGAUCCAUUUGGCAAUUAUGUGGUACAGUAUGUCCUGGACCAGAAAAUUCCUUCUGCAAAUGCACACCUGGCAUCUCAGUUUGAAGGAAGUUAUGUUUAUCUCUCAAAGCAAAAAGUGAGCAGCAAUGUGGUGGAGAAAUGCCUGAAGGUCUUCUCAGAUGAAGACAAAGCUGCCAUAGUGUUUGACUUGAUUUCAGUGCCUCACUUUGAACAACUGCUGCAAGACCCUUUUGCGAACUACGUCAUUCAUACUGCCCUUGUUAACAGCAGGGGCCAUCUCCAUAAUGCCCUGGUUGAAGCAAUCCGCCCUCAUGAAGAAGCCCUUCGGACCAGUCCCUGUUGUAAGAGAAUCUCUAGAGCCAUCUCUAGGAGGUGA